UUGAAACUCGGUUGCAUCCAGGUUCAACGUACAACCAGCUGUUAGGAGUGGCUACCAUGUGGGGCCAUUGCCAGGGAGCAAGUGGGUUUCUACAACUAUAAAAGGACAUUUGUAUAGGCUAAGAAGGACAUCAAUUACCAAUUAUCAGAAUACAAACACUGUCAUUGUCUAUUCUCUCGUCUUCUUCUUCCUUUAUCCCUCUCCACGCUCCAGCUAGCUUCCUCUCUACUCUCUAUAUCUGCUAUUUCUCGCUAGAAACAUCUGUGACGCUAACAUUUGGUAUCAGAGGAACGAUCUCGCAGAGGAUGAAUUUUUCCUCGCUGCUGGCGGAGCUCGCGGCGUGCGAGAAGCGUCUCAUUGCUUGCAUCGAAGGUGUGCCUGCCAAGUGUUCGGUGAACUGCCAGAACGCCUUCGGCGGCUUCACAGCACCGGCUACGGACGACAAAAUGUCUAGCACCAAGCCUAGCCUCACCACAUCCACGACCAUCUAUGGCGCUCCCGUCUUCGACCAAUACUGCGAUGCGGAUCUCGGUGACAACGCCAUGGAGCUCGUCCAGCGCGGCCCCGUCGACAUCGAGCGCAUCGACCUCCGCAGCGGUGCGCUGGCUGGCUGCUACGGCGAGCAGUCCGCACGCGGACACACUCCUUCCUCCUUCAACGACGAUUUGGGUGCCUCGCUCGACUCGGUCGCCAACAGCUCCGUCCAUGGCGGCCACGGAUCCGUGCUGCCCCACCUCAUGCCCAUCUGCGCGGGCACUAGCAGGAUCCAUGUGCCCGACGACCGGAGUCUGGACUACGCCGAGGAUUUCGACACCAAUCACUUGGACAAGGGGUGCGUACUCUUCGGUGGCGUGCGCGCGUCCAGGGAGGAGGUAGCGCAGGCGCGAUGCGACAACACCAAGCUCGUCAUCAAGCAGGCCUUGGCUGAGGCCAACACCGCCAAGGACUCGCUGGAGCUCGCCGGCGGUGACAACACGCACUUCAACGGCGUGCAUCGCGGCCAACCGUUUGAGACGCUGAGCAACCCGUCCGCCCACCACCGCCUUCUCCACGCGAGCGUCGACAACGUGUGCCUCAAUGAUGUCGUCCCCGACAGGGAGAGCGCGCUCCAGAACCUCCGCCUGGAGUACGAGUGCGUCAGGGUCAGCGAGGUCACAGCGCAGGGCCGCCUCAAGGAACUCAACAGCAUCCUCGCCGCCACAACGACGGCGACGGCGUGCAGCACACCCACGUCCACCAAGUGUUCGAUGCGAGUCCUCAACCACGGCGCAUACUCAGUUCCCAACCUCCCCGUGGUCUGCAUCGUGGGCGGGUCCAACUUCCCCAGCCUGCGGGGCUUCGAGGCGAUCUGCACCAGCACAGCACGGCCGCGGAGCUCCCGGCGCUCCACGAGCAGCUCCUCCAUCGCGCAACCGCAUCCGCAAGCUGGGGCGGUGGGGUCGUCCGAGUCGGAGCUUGCGGCGCCUUCCUCCGUCCACGACAACUCUGUCGCGCUGAUCUCCUUCUCCGGCAGAUGCGACUACGCGCGCGCCAACGAGAUGACCAGCGCCCAGAUCGACGCCAUGGCACAGGACGAGACGGACGAGAUUGCCAACACCGUGGAGCAGCUGACGGGCCUGGGCGUGGAGAAGGUGGUUGCUGAGUACAAAUUCAGGGACCCAAAGACCUCCGACCAGGAGAUGCUCGAGAGCAUCUGCAGCGUGCUCAUGCCCUUGAAGCUCCAAGCUAAGAUCGCCAAAGCCAAGUUCGAGGCGGCGUGCUCGGGCAAGAUCUCGUGCGCGGACAUCGUCGCCUUCACCGCCAGCGACGCGUCCUACUUCCUCAGCAACGACGACAUCAACUUCACCAUACCCGCGGGGCGGUACGACGGGACCGUCUCCAUCACCAGCGAGACCCUGCCGAACCUGCCCCCGCCGUUCGCCGGCUUCGACCAGCUUGUGAAGAUGUUCGCUGACAAAGGGGAUCGCCUGCCGUCCAGCAACACCUCUGAUAUGGACCCGUCGUUCGCCGCCAUGCUGCAGACCAAAUGCAAGUCGACGAAUGACAGCAACAACACGGUGAUGCAGGACUUCAAGACCCCCGACAUCCUGGAUAACCGCUACUACAAGAACGUGUUGGCUCACAAGGUUCUUUUCACACCGGACGUGACGCUCACCACCAACUUCAUGUCGAACAAUCUGGUGCAACUGUGUGGCUGCCUUCUCAGCGUGGCAGCGAACAAAGGCAAUUUCUCAGCCUUUCCUUGGGAUCCUGGUGAAGAUGGAGCAGUUAUACUUGGUGUUCUUGGAGAGGAGGUGACCAAGCUUGGAUGCAGCCCCUGGUUCAUGACUUGGGUCGGCUUAAUGGGCACCAACCGAGGGAGAUUCAAGUAUCAUCCAUCAUCAGUGAUCCAAUCUCAGCUACGUUAUGGAAAACAGUUGAACAAACCAAUUCAAGCCAUUCCUCCACAACAGGACCUGCUCAAAGUGUAG